AGAAAAGGAUAAGCAAAGCAUGAAGCAAGAAGAUGACUCCCCUCACUCUGAAGAUGAUGUUUUUGAGAGUGAUAAACCAGAACCCAUAAUUCAAAGUGAUGAAUCAACUGCUACUUCUGGUGCUGCCAUAGAUACACCCUUUUUACUUGGCUGGAUGGAGAAGGAUAACGAGAAGCCUUGCACAAUAGAAUCAGAACAAGAUACUGCAAUGGAUGUCACAGGAGCCCCUCUUUCAGUGCCACCAGUAGAGCAAAUACUUACGGACAGAGGUGCUGCAUAUGUUUUAACUCCUUUAUCAGAGCUAAAAGAGCAUAACGGAGCUGCCAUCAGUGGAAAAGGAUUGGCUGGUGCAAUUCCUGGUGCUGGAAGUUCAAGUCUCCAUACAUCAUCGCCAGACUAUGUUAUUGUAGAGGAUACAGAAUUAAAGCGAUUACCAGUUAUAACAGGCACUCAGCAAAUAAGAGAUGUUGCUCCUUUUAUCAUCAGAGAUCCCAAGUCAGGUCAAGACCUAGCUGCUAUUCCAGCAACAGUGUCAGAUGACCUGCUGAGUCUAGUAGGUUUCACAGAUGAUCCUAAAGAGGAUCCCUUGAUGAUACAAGAUAUGCAAACUGGGGAAUCCAUGAUUGCACUGCCAGCAUACCGGAUCCCUGAUGAACUAGGACAGUCUCAAUCACUACCUACCAGGGAUGCAGGUUUUUACUCUAGACCAAGCAGCAUGACUGUUACUGAUAAUGCAUUGAAGUAUCCUAUUGAUUCAGAUGAUAGUUCUGUAGAUUCUCUUCCUCUACAUUCCAACUCAGACACAAGACAUCCUACAGAAUACGGUGAAGUGCCACUGAAGUCCAUGCCAAGGGUGAGGGAUGGUGAGGAAGAGCACUAUCAUAGUGAUUCCACGUCAUCUGACUUUUAUACUCCUAAUGGUUCACCAGUACCAUGGCAACAGAAUCACGAAGCAGCUCCAAUACCACAUAAAAAAGAAACUGACAACCAAACCCCAGUGCAAGACCAAUCUACUGAAUAUGAACCAGUUGUGUCAGCUGCUGAUCUCCUUGAACAAACACUGCAGAUCCAACCUAAGGUUGUUUUGCAGAAGGAUUCAUCGCCCACUGAACAGUCACCAAGUUUGAUAGAAAAAGACAAACUUCAGGGUGCUGAAUCAUUAGUUUCAACACAGCUAAAUGUCAGAGCUGUAGAAACAGGACAACUUCAUACUCGACCUAGUCCUGAGUCUUCGCCACUAGACCAUGCCAGCAGAGCCACUAGUCAUAGUCCUGUAGAAGUAAAAAAAGACCAACAUUCAAAACAAGCUGAAGCAGUGGAAGCUGUAGAUGAGAAACCAAAGCAGACGUUGUCAAGGAACAUGCCACUUCCUGUGAUACGCCAUGAAGACUGGAAGGAAGACUGGAACGAUCCUUCUACAGUAGAUGGUAAAGGACAGAAGAUAGACCAACUCAAUCGCUCAUGGGAUGCUCUAAAGCAUAAGAUGGAGGAGAAGGAACGUCUUCUAAAAGAUGCUUUAGCCAAGCAGGAAGAUUACCGGAAUGCUCUGUCUCAGAUCAACAUCAGGCUUGCUAACACAGAGGCUCAACUCAAAGAGAUCAAACACACUCCAAUGGAGGCUCGUAACCUUGAUGAACACAUUCAAGAACUCAAGAAUCUGAUGAGUGAGUGCAGUAAUUUAGAUGAGAAUGUGAGCAUGGUAGAAGAGAAAGCCACCAAGCUACACAUACCCCAAGACAUACUCAGGGAGACUAUAGAUGAUCUCAGAGAUAGAGUUGAUAAGAUCAAGAGUGAUGCUAAUGAGCUUCUCCAAAAGUUACAGAAAGAGAAAGAAGAUGGAAUGCGUGUUAAGGUAAGACUAGAGGUCAAUCAGCAAGAACUUCAGCAUCUAGAUGACUGGUUGACUGACUUCAUCAAACAGCUUGAACCAGAUGAAAAUAAAGAGAGUGGUGACGAGGAAUUGAGUGCUUCAGACAUUCAGGAACAACUCCUUCAAAAUCAUAACCAUCAGCUUGAGUUGAGUCGCAAGCUACAGAAGCUGAAUGACAUUGAGGAGAGCAUUGAGCAGACCUUGGAUGCCACCACCUGCCAGACACCUGUCCUAGCGGAGCAUCUUGAAACCACUGUACGGUAUCUACAUAACCGCAUGGAUGCCUGUAAGAGAAACCUUGCAGACCAAAGGGAGCACCAUAGGAUGCUGCUGAAUACAGAGCGGCUGGCCCAAGAGUACCAGAGUGAUGUGGCCAAGCUCCAGGAGUGGUUGGAGCAGCAAAGAGGAAUGAUGUCAGCCUCAGGUGGAGCAGUGACUAGCAAGUUGCCUCCUGUGGAAGUUGGAGCUGAGAUGCUACAGCAGCAGGCAGAACUACAACAGGUUAGUGAAGCCAUGCACUCCAUUGAAGCCGUAAUCCACCUUAUAAAUCCAGCAUGGCAAAAUGACAUUAGUGUAGUGCACUUCACAUCUCUGUAUCUUUGAACACAUAGAUAUCUC